AAAUUAUGAGUGAUUUGAUGUGUUUUGAAAACAUUAAUGAAUUCAUAGCGAGUGAGUGAUUAAGUGUUGCUUAAAAUAUGGACAUUAAUGGCAAUAAUGAUUAAUAACUUAAACAAAAACAAAGAAAUGUUUAUUACAAGAGCUCUUCAGAAGAUAUUAAACGACAGAGAAAUCAAGAAAUCACACAACAGUCAAGUGAGGAAAGCCUGCGAAUCAGCUCUCGAGGACAUUAAGAAGGAAUCGCAAGAAGUGGUGAACAAUGAGGUGAAGGAGACGGAGGUGUCGUCAGCUCUUCCGCAGCCAAAGCAGGACAGUAUAGUGUCGGUCGACGCGGAAAAGUAUUUCUUGCCGUUUGAACUCUCGUGUCAAUCAAAAUCGCCGAAAAUAGUGGUCACGGCUUUGGACUGCAUUCAGAAACUCAUCGCUUACGGACACAUCACUGGCAAUAGAGUGGACCCAAACAAUGGCGACAAACUUCUUAUCGACUCGAUUGUGGAGACCAUAUGUGGCUGUUUUCACGGCCCCAACACUGACGAUGGCGUGCAGUUGCAGAUCAUUAAGGCAUUGCUCACAACAGUCACUUCCCAUUCCUGUCAGGUUCACGAG